GAGAAGGAUGGAUGGAUGAAUUUAGUCAGUGAAGUGGAACUAGUCUUCCAAUCACAAGAUCCCCAUAUUUGCCUAUAAUCUGAAAAUAAAAGCUGACACGAGGGAUUUUAACCCGACGUCCAGCGGGGCCCCGUCUAAUGCUUUCAGUCCCACUCAUCCACAGCCGGAAUGACAGCCAACCACUACUAAUGUAACUCUGUGGGGAGCAGAUAUGGGCUGUAAUCUUCUCCACUGAAGGAAGAAAGUGAGCAAAGCUUACACUGACUGAGGGAAACUGCUGACAUCAAAGUGUAGAAGUAGGCCAUAAACUGCGGGUUUAGCACAAGAGCCCUAAUACAACUCAAAUCAGUCAUAUUUUUCCUUUUAUUUGGCAUUUAAUGAACACAUUUUUAAGAUAUUAAAAUCACAGCUCCACUCAAAAAAUGAGUUGCAUGUUUUUCCUCGUGUGACAUUUACUUUCUGCGAAAAACGUUUCUUGGAUUUUAAAGCACAAUGGCUUCUGCAGCUCAGCACCCACCAAGCAAUGAUUAAUGGCAGAGCUGUUAACAGCAACAGCUUUAUCUGUGUGCCGCACACACCUUGGUCACGCAGCAACAUUAUCUUUUCAGUCCAAAACUUUAAAGAAUAAAACAUUUAAAAAAAAAACGCCUUAGGUGGGUGGUAACUUUUGAAAAUUAUUUUCUUAAAAGGGUUUAUUUACAUUUUACUUUUUGUCGUUCUUAUUUAACUAAUGUAUUUGUCUAGUAGAUACUUUUCACUUUUUGUUACAUUUGUAACAAAUGGGCAACUCCAGCCUUUCAGGGCCACUAACCAACAUGUUUUCCAACCCUGCUCAGGCAUGUUCUAAUUGGCUGGACACACCUGAACCAGGUAACCAGUCAUGAGUGGGGCUUGGACAUCUGGACAUCAUGCAGAUGUCGAGGCCUGGAGUCGCCAAUUAUUUGUUUUAACACUGUGAAUCUAACUAACAAACUCAAACAAUGACCUAGAUAGAUACACUUUCUCAACAGUCUAAAAACAGUUCAACAAAAAGAUGAUUUUUUUUAAUGAUGAUAGUAUAUUUUUAAUAUCUGUAAAUAUCUACAUUUGCACAAGGAUUUUUUUUUCACUUUUAUUAGAGGAAUAUUAUUUUUAAGAUAGUAAUUUUACUAGAGUCGGAGCUUUUGGAUACGCUACAGAAGUCUGUUCUCCCUCAGACGAUCUCGAAACUGGACUUUUUUAGAAGUCUUCCCAAAAAAAGUUGCGGCUUAUCUGUUCACGCAUGCGCAAAUGUUAGCGUCCUGUCUCUUUAAGAGCCUUGAAAGCGAAAGUAAACGGACUUCCCCGGAAAUACCCAAAAGUGUUUCUUCUACUCAAGAGGUGGAGAAAUGGCGAGCAGUAGUCUGUUUUCUGAGGAACAGUUUCUAUGUCCCAUCUGUCUGGAUGUGUUCACCCGACCUGUGUCCACUCCCUGCGGACACAACUUCUGCCUGUCGUGCAUCACGUCAUACUGGAAUGCCAUACCAGUCAGCAAGUGUCCCGUCUGUACAGAAUCUUUUGAUAGGAGGCCUGACCUCAAGGUAAAUACUUUCAUUUCUGAGCUGGCGUCCCAGUUCAAAGAGCUUCGUGUCAUGGGCGCUCACGGCCAGAAAGAAGAUGAGCAGCAGAUCAGCUAUGCCAGUUCAGUAAUGUGCCACGUCUGUGAGGACAAAGACGCCAUCAAAUCCUGCUUGGAGUGUCAGAUGUCGUACUGUGGGGUUCAUCUGGAACCUCACAAACACUACCCUGAACUACAAAGACACACUCUGCUCCAACCUAUCGAGAGCUUUGAGAACAGCGUCUGCAGUCUGCAUAAGAGGCUUCUCCUGCUGUUCUGCAGAGAUGACGAUGUUGUGUUGUGCGACCUCUGUGCCAGCUCACUUCACAGGAAGCACGAUUUAAUUUCAGUGGAACGGGAGUACACGGACAAGCUGAGGGAGCUGGGGACAGCGCAGGCCAAAGCUGAACAAAUGAUCCAAGAAAGAGUGCAAAAAGUGCAGAAUGUGAGGCAGUCGAUGGCACAAAGCCAGACAGAAAGCAAAGAUUUGAUCGCCAAUAGUACCCAGGACUUCACCGAACUGGUGUCUGAGUUGAAGAAGAAUCAAGCGGAGCUCAUCAGAGUGGUUGAAGAGCGAAAAAACAUGGUAGAAGAGGAAGCUAAGUUAUUUAUUAGUGACAUGGAGCGGGAGAUCUCCGAGCUGCAGGAGGCAGCCACAAAGCUCAGAGAGCUUAAAAGUACUAAAGACCAAGCUUAUUUCCUCCGGAGGUAUCCAAACUCAUCUGUCCUGCCGCCCACACUGGACCUAUCAUCAUUCAAAUACAACAGACACAGAGAGUUUCAGUUCAUGAGCAAAUUGUUCCAAAAAUCCCUUUCUCAGCUGCAGGCACUACUGGGCAAAUUGAGCACAGAAAUAAACAAGAUCUCGAGCGGCAAAAACCUAUCCAACAACGCCACUCUGACAUACAUGCAACAGUUUGAGGUGUGCAUCACGCUCGACCCCAGCACGGCUCACCCCCAGCUCAGCAUUUCCUCUGACAGGAAACAAGUAAAGUACAACAUAGGUGCGGAUUUCUGGGGAGAACAAAUCGAGACCCCCAGCAUGUUCACGGAACAGCUCGCAGUUCUGGGGGACCAAGGAUUCGCCUCCUGCAAGUUUUACUUUGAGGUAUUUGUGGGUCAGAAGACGGAGUGGUGUCUGGGUGUGGCCACAGCCUCGAUCCCGCGGUCUGGGGCAAUGUUACGCACUCAUCACUCCGGGCUGUGGGGCAUCUGGUUCUUGGAAGACAAGUUUGAAACCUUCAGUUUUCCGGAAAUGGCAGUGCAUGUGGGAAAAGUGGAGAGGGUAGGGGUUUUUGUUGACUGUGAUGUAGGUGAGAUAUCCUUCUAUGAUGUAGUCCAAGCAACUCCUAUUUACUCUUAUACUGGGUGUUUCUUUACAGAAGAGCUCUACCCCUACUUUAACCCCUGUGAUAAUGAGUAUGGUUCAAACCUGGAUCCAAUGGUCAUCGUUACCGCAUCUGACCAGUAGCACACUAAAGAAUGGCAGGAAAAUCUUACAGUGUGAGAAAUAUCUCACAUAAAAGGCAAGCUUUAAAGGUUUCUCCAAUAAUAGGAACUUAACCACUGUGACAGCUUCAAUUCUCAGAUUCCCUGGCGUUAAGAAAAAUGGACAUUUUGGAUUUCCAUAGUGCCUGGCAGGUUAAAAAAAUAAAAAGGCUUAAGAAUUUCAUGCUGGAGGUUUACCAAAUCAUUCAGUUUUUUUAAACUGCGCUUUUAAUGUAGCAAUCCAAACACAAAGAAUAAUGUAAUGCAAUCCGUGUGCACAAAUGAUAAAACUACUCUCUUGUUUUUGGAGUCCAUGUGUGCACAGAUAAAUCUGUUAAAUUUGGUAUGAAUUUACUGUAGAAUAUUCAUACAGUCAAGCUGUAUGUUAUGUAGCCCCCUGAUCAACAUAUACUAUUUCAUUAAGUGUACAAUGACAACACAGAGACUGGACUCCAACCAGGUGCAGACUUUUGAGGUCCAAACUCUAAGGUGAGGAACUUGAGAGUUUGUGCAAAGAACAAAACAACAAAGAACAGGGUUAGGCAAUUCCUUAGUCCGCACGUGGGAUGCUGUAGGUUUCUGGGUAGUCCAAGCCCAAGGAGGCUCCUACGGUCAGCUCAAACAAGAGGACCAGGCUGCAGACAAGAUAGCACCCAGACAUCAUCAUCGACGGAAACUGGAAGUUCCCAUUCUCCCCCCAUUUUGGUAACAACUAAUUUAACUGGCAACCUUAACAUGACCUUUUCCCCCCCUGUUUCAAGGUUUAAACCUUUAACACCGGAGACGUUUCUGCCAAAACCUGCUAUGCCUAUUGACAUUCCGUACCUUCUUACCCAAUCAAUAUGAAUCUGCUGAUUUGCAAAGUAAAAAGGCUUUUCACUGAUAUGCCACACAUUACAAAUAUAUGGUAUUGCAGACGCCGACCCAAACCCACUUUUCUCUGCGACAGAAUGAGCUGAUUCACGUUGAUUGGGUUAAGUGUUGAAAAGUUGCUGUAGUGGAAGGAAUGUCAACAAUGGAGCUAAAGCUCUGGUGACCAUUUUGCAAAUCAAAACUCUUUUGUUAAUCUCAAUUUUGAAAGAAAUGAACCAAUCACUGUUUUUUAACAAUUUUUAACAAUUUAAGCCCAUCUUGCACACUAAACCCGUUAUUCACAUUAAGAAGUUUUAAUAAAUGGUGAUACAAUACUGAAAACUUGUGGAAUUUCCGCUUACGGCUAAUGAUGUCUGGACGCCAUCUAGUCUGAGGUCCCCUUCACCUCAAGGGAGGCCAUGAAAAUGGAAGGUGUGGUAAGUGUAUCAUAAAGGAUUUGGAAGGAGAAUGUAAGUUACACACACUUAGGACGCAUGGGUGAUGCUGGCGUAUGGUGCCAUUAUGCCUCACUCUAAUCCAGUGUAGAGGCUAGAACAUUUUGUAUGGGGGGUGGGGGGCAAAAGACUUUGGAAGGGUGGAAAAUGAGAUCUGAUGAAUUGAUGAUUUCUUAAUCUUUGUCAAUAAUGAUACUACUACUGACAGCUUCGCCCCCAUUGCUCCACCCCUGCUCUAAGUGUUGGUGAGGUGCAAGUGGUGGCUUCUUAGUGAAUGUGCAGAAGUGCCGCAUGCACAGAGUGUGCAGGUGAUACAAGAGUGCCCAUAGUGCGCCCGUAGGAUUCCACACAAACUACACUCAGACUGUCUAAAUUCUUACAUUUUAAAUUGUAAAAAAAAAAAAAAAAUGUGCAUGAACAUUUUUCUCUCUCUGGUCUACGAACUUGAUAUUUCCUGCAAGCCACAUGCAUGUCCCUUACAGGUUUGCCCAGUUUUACCUACAGACUGGCCGUAUCUCCCCGUUAGGGCGGUUGUGAGUAAGGUUAAUCUGUACGCACGGAUUGGUAAACAGAGAGCGCAGUUUCAAAAAUCUGAAUCUGAAACCCCAACCUUGUGAUUUUUUUUUAAAGUAGGGAAUAUGAUGAAGAAGUAGCGCCACCAAAGGCUUGAGGUCACAUGUUCCUGUUCUGGAAGCUUAGGGCUUUAUGGGCUUCACUUAGCAUCGCGGGCAAAAAUAACAAAUCUUCUAAAGAGGAACCUUUCACCUGAGCUUGAUAGUGCAAACAGUAAUCGCUAAUUUAUCCACAUUAUCUCCUAAAACCAGAGGUGGGUUUCCACAACAAGACAAAAAGUUGCAGUUAAGUUUGGAACCAGCUUUUCAUUAAUUAUUCAUUUUUAUGGAGUACAUAUGGGUGAUUUAACGAAGCAGAACUUUAUAUAGUAAAUAAUUAAACCCAGUUUCAGAGCAGCUAAAAGCAGAAGCUUUAUAUUUUAAAAAAUAUAACGUCACUGAGUGCUGAAGAAUAAAUGUUAAAGAAGAAAAAAAGUGUCUCUUUUGUACAGUUUUCUAAAACUUUAUAUUCUCUGCACCUUAUGACAUUAUUUAAUACUAAAUUUAAGAAAGGUAUGCGUUAAUCUACAGCAACAUUUCUGUUGUUUGUUUUGAGAUGAGUCAAAGUGCCUUGUACAAUUAACAUGAGAUUUUAUUUAACCAGUUUGAAUUUAUUUUUUAAUUAAAUAAUUUUUACAUGUAUUUCAAGAAAUGCCAUAGUUUUGUUUAGUCUGUAUGUAAAAUUCAAAUGUUUUAAGCCAUUGUAAUACAUUUAAUAAUCCAUGUACUGAUAUUUAACUAAUAUAAUCUCAUGUAGCAUAUGUUUUCUGUUUAUGCCUGUUGUAGUUUAAAUAAAUAAAAAGCUGAGUAAGACCUAGUGUUGCUUUGCAAUUAAACUUUAAAGCAUGUCUUUAUUAAAUUUUUAACAAAUGUUGCAUAAAACAACAAACAGAUUUGUCACUGUUGAUGUUUUAUGAAGGACCAGGAGUGUCUAAUCUAGAAAUAUCCUGGGUAAUGUGGAAAAUUAUGGAACAAAAUAAUUGUGGGUUUUACAAUAUAUUUGACUCACCUUUUUCAC